AGCUCCGUGGACGAGGUUCACACCUUCCAGCCUGACCGGUUCCAAGCUCCAGCACAGCCUGCCCACGUCACCUUGCAUCGAACCUUAAUCAGGCUGGCUAUCAAGCUGACCCUUAGCCUUGCCCUCUGACUUGCCCUCAGCCUGCUCGAUCUUCCUAGCUUCACGACUCCCAACUAUCGUCACUCGGGUUGCGCAUAUCUGUCCGGCAAGCAUAACAACCAUCAAAACCUGCGUGGAUAGAACAUUAUUGGCCCUGAGCCCGCAAACGCUGGAGAAUACCAAGCUUUUGAAGAGGCAUGGCAGACCCCAUAUCUAUGGUGGCCGGUUUGCUCGCACUUAUUUCAGCAACUACUUCGAUCAUUUCGACCGCGUACGAUAUUGCACGACACACACGAAUGCCCUGCGAAGUAGCAAAUGAUGGUAUGAUUGUAUUGGAGGAAGUCAACGCGCUGUUGAAGGAGCAAGAUAGCCAGCAGCGGAACGGGGGGCAUUUAUUGCACUGUCUGACAGAGUUGCAAAAGCUCAUGUCGGAUCGUACCCUCAAGCGUCGACUACGGUUUGGUGACCAAGGGUACGGUGUCGUAGCUCCUGCGCGAUGUUCGCAGUUUUUAAGGGACCAUUGCCGCAGUAAGUUCGAGCGGGGAUCGCAAUUCUGGAGGCUACAACGCUAUACAACGAGUCUUAUGGGUCGCCUACCACCUUCGACGCACGAUAUGCUUGCAAAGCCUUUCAAAAAUCCUUCCCCGUUCGUUCUGUUGCUCAGCUGGCUGGUGCUGGCAAUUGCAGUAGCAGCGUGGUGCAAGACGCAGACAAGCCAUCAACAUCGGAGACACUAUCUUAUCGGGAGCAUGCUAAUGGCAUUUGUCCUCGGUGGAAUAGAAGGGUCAGGCAUGACGACUACCAUCCUGACCAACAUACCGUGGUGCCUAACGUUGGGUAUGCUGCUGCACUUCAUCGUGGGCAGUGUUCGUGUUAGCAUAUGGACGCAUGCGAUAGUGCCACCUCACCAUGUGAAUGAGUUUCAGGACCUGGAGAAGAUGGCCUGUACGGGAGAUUCAUCUCAGAAGACAAGUUGAGAAGGUUUGCAGCGGUAGGCGCUACAAAGGCCGUACGAUAAGAUGAUUAAGCGUUGAUGGGUGAUCUUGGUUUUGCGGCGAAUGGAGUUUUGUGCAUUGUAUGAUUGAGCUAGUUCCUCAAGGCAAAUAUUACGUUUGCUUUUUGGUUAGAAAGGACAGUAGUCUUGCAACAAACAGCUUUAUGCAAAUUGAAGCAUAAACAUAGUUUUAUUGCAGGUAGUAAUUGUUUAAGAAGUCUUGCAAUCUUAA